GAGGUAUAUAAACUAAAUUUUCUUUAUUAAUAGAUUCAUUUCUGUUAUAUAAAGCAACUGGAUAUCAGCAUAUUCAUUAUAACAUAUACUUUCUCUACGAGUUGUAUUUUAUUGACUGUUUGGAAUUCAACUGAGCUAAGGAAAAUUUCAAAAAUUACUUUUUGAUCAGAAAAAAUAUAUAUUAUUUAUAUCAUGGCGUCACCAGCAAUAGAUGUAUAUGUUAAACUACCUUCAGGACGUGUGAUAAGUGCCGAUUUCCUGCCUACUGACCAGGUAAAGGCAGUGUAUAAACAUGUCGCUGAGGAGGAGGGGGUUAAUAUUGCCAGGGUACAGCUCAAGUACCAGGGAAAAAUUCUCAAACAGUCCCAUGCAUUGGGCUAUCUUGGAGUCUGCAAAGAAACUAUCUUGAAAGCUGAGAUUAUAAGUGUGAAGAACCUGAAUUUGUUUGUGAAAGACAAAGAAGGAUGUGUUACUCCCAUCAGCAUCAACAACUGCGAAUAUGUCUCAGAUAUCAAGGAAAAGAUAGAGGUUGCCACUGGCUGUAGUGCUCUAAAACAAAUCUUAAAGAAAUCAGGCUGUAUCCUCAACAAAGAUAACAUGACCGUUACUGAAUCAGGUCUGAAAGAUGAAGACAUUAUAGCACUUGAGGUGAAGGACACUGCACCUGUCAAACACAACAAUAAACCUGACACUGUUGAUGAGGCUUUGGAUGAACAAAAGAAAGAGGAGGUCAUAAGCAGUUUUGACGCAGGGGGAAGGAAUGUUGAGGUCGUCUUCUGUUUUGACACUACAGGCAGCAUGUAUUCAUGCCUCACACAGGUGAGAGCUAAAGUUCGUGAGUCAGUGACCAGACUUCUGCAUGAUAUUCCCAACAUCCGCAUUGGUAUCAUAGCCAUGGGGGACUACUGUGACCAGGAGAGCAGUUAUGUCAUCAAGAUGGAGGAUUUAACGCAAGACUCAGAUCUUCUUGUCAAUUUUGUGAAAGAUGUUCCCUCCUCUGGUGGUGGAGACAGUCCUGAGUGUUACGAAUGGGCAUUGAGGAAAGCACAGACAUUUGACUGGGCGGAGGAUUCUGCAAAGGCCCUUGUGAUGAUUGGAGAUUGUCUGCCUCACCCUGUAUCUUACACUGACCAGCAUAUAAAUUGGCACACAGAACUUGAUGUCCUGGCUGGCAUGGGAGUGAAGGUGUAUGGAGUACAGGCUUUGAAUGUUUCUGAGUCAACUCCAUUCUAUGAAGAACUAGCAGAAAGAAGUGGGGGAGCUUAUAUCAACUUCUCUAACUUUGGCAUCAUCACAGACAUGUUUCUUGCAGUGUGUUACAACGAGUCCAGCCCAGAACAACUACAGGCCUAUUGCCAGGAGGUGGAAGAUCAGGGGAGAAUGACAGAUGAAACAAAACAAAUGUUCACAAAACUUGAGGAGACACAAGAAGAGAAAAAAGUGAAAAAGAAAGAAAAGCCAAAGAGGCAUAUAAAAGAACCUUGGUGGGACCCUCAACUAGACACCAACUCUACACCCCAGUAUUGUUAUGAUGCAGAGAAAGACCAUUGGGCCAGUGCUGGCAGUAAACAUAAGACAAGUUCCAGUAAAGUCACCAAAAAACUCUCCCUAUCUAGUCCCUCAACUGAGAGCCCAGUCACAUCAUACCCCACAACUAAAUCAAAGAAGACAUUUUGGCAAAGACUUAGUAUUAAAAAUCUUCUAAGCAAGAAAAGGACAUAAUACAUGAAUAACAGACACAGUUUUAUGAAAUAAGUGUACGUUGAUAGGGACUUAAAGUCCAUGAUGCUGCAGGUCAAUUUCAGAAAGGCAGUAAAGGAUGUUGUCCAAAUGUCUACAGUUGUUGAUAACUUUACUAAGUAAAGUCCAGACAAUUAUGUAAAGAGCUGUCAGCACCAAAAAGAAUCCAUGGAUGGACAUGUGCAGGUCAAUAUGGCUUAUCAUAUGUUUUGAGGGAAGUGUGAAAUAUGUUAUGGUAUCUUUGAUCACAUGGUGCAACAUUGACCAAUCAAAAUACAUAGAUUCUUGCAAUAAUAUGAUAAUAUGUUAUAAAUGCUAUGAGACUGUAUAUAAUAUAGUUUCCAAUUCAUAACCCACCAAGGCAGCGUCUAGUAACAUCAGCAUUGGAAAAGAGGAAUUGGUUAAAGAACACAAAUCUAAAUGAACUAAACCAUUGUGUAUUUGAAUAUGUUUAACAUAAACAUAAUACAAUAAAAUGUAAACUUUUUAAAGUAUAAACUGAAUGCUUUUGUAUUGUAAUUAUAAUGUGAAAAUGGUGUUCUGAAUAAGUAAUAUGUUCCAAUAGG